ACACGAGGCUCAGUUAUUUUUCCAAACGAGAGUGACCCAAUGGCCUAACCUCAUUUUCAGUUUUUAUUAAUUCAGUGUUUUUACCAUAAGAAAUGUGUUUUUCCAUCUAAAGCAAAUACUUGAAGUCGAUAUUCGUAUUCUAGUUAAAUGUGAUGGUUACGUUUCUAUCCAUUAUUCCACGUCGAGAAUAGUUUUGUAGCCUGGUACUGAGCAUUGAUGAGUUUGCUGCUAGAUAACUGUACUUUGGUGAAACCACUAUUUUUGCCAGUUUAUGAUUUUGCUGUCUUAGUUUGGCCCAGAAAUUUGCCCAUUAACUGUCACCAAAACAAAUGUGUGACCAAUCUUCUCUAUGAUAGCCAAUAUUUUCAGUUCUUCCUCUCCACAUUUCUUGCUUCAAAAUUGUGUAACGAUUCAGUGAGCGAAUCUUCGAAUUUGUUUGAAGAUGUCCUUCCGAGUGGUGCGUUCCAGUAAGUUUCGGCAUGUGUAUGGCACAGCUUUGAAACGUGAACACUGCUACGACAAUAUCAGAGUCUCAAAAUCAUCAUGGGAUUCUACAUUCUGUGCUGUCAACCCAAAGUUCCUAGCUAUCAUCGUAGAAUCAGCUGGUGGAGGAGCUUUCAUUGUUUUACCUUUGAAUAAGGUAAAAAAUAAGGCUGGUCGAAUAGCUGCAGAUCAUCCAUUGGUUGGAGGCCACAAAGGGCCUGUCUUAGAUAUAGCAUGGUGUCCGCAUAAUGAUAACGUCAUAGCCAGUGGCUCAGAAGACUGUGUUGUCAAAGUGUGGCAGAUACCUGAUGGAGGUAUUUCAAGGACCCUCACUGAACCCGUUGUAGAUCUCCUCUAUCACCAAAGAAGAGUCGGCCUUGUACUCUGGCACCCGACUGCAGAAAAUGUACUCUUAACAGCUGGAUCUGACAACCAGGUAGUUCUGUGGAAUGUUGGAGUAGGAGAAGUCCUGAUAAACAUAGAUUGUCAUCCAGAUAUCGUCUACAGUGCUAGUUGGAACUGGGACGGCUCUGAACUGCUAACAACCUGUAAAGACAAGAAGAUGAGAAUCAUCAAUCCCAGGACAGGGGAAGUCAUAGAGGAAGCUGUCUGUCACGAGGGAAGCAAAGCUACGCGAGCUAUUUUCCUGAAGUCAGGCCUUGUUUUUACUACAGGGUUUAGUAAAAUGUCCGAGCGGCAAUACUCUUUGCGAGCUCCAAAAUAUCUUGAAGAACCAAUAGUCAUGGUUGAAUUAGACACAUCUAAUGGAGUAAUGUUCCCUUUGUAUGAUCCUGAUACCAAUCUAGUCUACCUCUGCGGAAAGGGUGAUAGUGUUUUACGAUAUUUUGAAAUUACUGAGGAGCCUCCAUUUGUGCAUUACAUCAACACGUUUCAAACACCAGACCCUCAACGAGGUAUUGGUAUGAUGCCAAAGCGCGGCUGUGAUGUCAACGCGUGCGAAAUCUCUCGCUUCUACCGGCUCAACAACUCAGGCUUCUGUCAGGUCAUCAGUAUGACAGUUCCAAGAAAAUCGGAGCUGUUCCAAGAAGACCUGUAUCCAGAUACACUCGGGUGUCAGUCAGCAAUAUCGGCUGACGAUUGGUUCUCAGGUGAAGAUGCGGAGCCGAUGUUAAUAUCGUUGAAGAGUGGGUUUGUGCCCCCCUCAGCCGCGCGCUCCAACCUCAAAGUGGCCAAGCACAGUAAUGUUUUGGAUAAAUCUUCUUCAAAACGCUCCGCAGCUUCAACACCAGCCACAAGAAGCGAACAAACUAACUCAGGGUCCCAUGUUGAUGGUCUUUCUUCCUCCUCUGUACCUGAUGACAUAAUCAAGGAAUUUAAGGAAGAGAUUCGAAAAUUGAAAGCUAUGAUUGUGAAGCAUGAAAAUAGAAUUAAAGCUCUAGAGGCCAAAGCUGUUGGCUCAGAUGCCGAAAAUGAUAAAGAAACAGUCAAUAACAGUUUAGAUAAUGAUACUGUAGAUUUAGCACCUGACGAGGUUUAACUUUGAGUAGCAGAGUCUUUCUCUUAAGCAAAUUUUCACACAUCAUUUCAUCGCUCAUCAAAGCCAAUCUAUUUUCAUCACUAUCCAUUGGAAUCCAUGUUACCACCGAUUACCCACUUCUCUGUGUUGUGGAAUGCUGUUAAUAAUCUCGAGUCAUUUUUUAACUACUUUAUCCAAAGGUUCGCUUUUCUACUCACUGUUUAAUUUAUUUAUUUAGCUCUUUUUUUAUCUCUGUUAUUUAUUUUGUUAUGUUUAUUAAUUUGUCUACUUGUUGUGUGUAAAUUAGCCAACUCCCCCUUCAGUUUUGCCAACUCGUCCUGAUAGCAACUAAAUUCUUUGUCUGUCAUGGACUUCUCUGCUCAGAUUGGCAGGCUUGUUCAACCCUCUUGUUUUUCCUCUCAGUGACUGAUGUAAUCUUUUAAUUUUCCCUAUUCCCCUCUUAAAUCGUCAGAAAUAUGCUGUAUCAGUUCUCUGCGUGUACCAAGGGUUUUUUAAGCUUUCAAAUAUUUUUAAAUAUUAACAUAAUAGUACUUUGCAAUUCUGAAAAAAAUCUACUUGCUGAAAUAUGUUCUAAAGCCAAGUAAGUCAGCCUCCUCAAAGUGAAGGUUUUCAACAUUAUUUUUCCUUUACAGUGCCAAAAGUUAAACUCACUUAUCAGGUGUACUCAAAAGAUAUAUUUGUAAAGAAAUAUUUAUGGCUGUAUUAAGUCAGUCACUAACUCUCCUAGGUCUUUCAAAAUUCAAGAACGUAUAAGAACAUACAAUGAAACCCCAGCAUCAGCAAUCCGUACUUAAAAGUUCUGCAAAAGUCAAAACCAGAGCAUUUAUAUCAACGUUGGAUUAGAGGUCCGAGAAAGACUGAGGAGAAUUUUUUUUCCCCUUUCCUUUUUCUUAGAGAAUUUUAUCAUAUAAACAACAGGGUGACAAAAAACAAAGAUAUGCGACCAAAAUUCACUCGCAAGUUGGCAACGUUGUGAAUAAUAAAGUUUCUUUGCGCCACUUAAACCAACAAUUAAAUUCUCCUUUUACUUGGGUCACGCAUUAUAAAAAUAAAUAAUAUGUCAAUCAAUUAUGUGUGCCUAUCAAGUGGAUAGUUCAUUUCUAAACUCUUCAGCAGUAUUCUAUGAAAUGAUAAAUUUGCAUUUGGAAAUACUCAUGUAUUACUUCCAGUAAAUUCUUGUCCUUUAUGCAUUUGUUUUAAAAAAUCUCCCGCAGUUUGGUAGCAAUGCUUGAUCCCUGUGUUAUGUAUUGCUGGAAAAGUAUGCUUAAAAUUUUACUCCACGUUUGUCUCAAUAUCUUGUGUGAAGAUAAAAGCAUCGUAAAUAUAAAAAUGCAUUGCAAAGAUAAGCGCAUUAGCCCAUUAAUUAAGAAAUCAGUAAAGGAAAUUAUUCCUAACUGGAAAUGCCUAAAAUUAAAAGCAACUUUUCAACACUGCAUUUCUGCCUGAUUCUGCUCAUUUUAGAUCAAACUGUUAUUUUUAUAUGCCCCCCCCCCUUUCUUCCCGGAGUAUUUUACUGUUGACUUGGUAUUUAUAAUAUUGGAAGAGAACAUUUUCAGAUCUUUAUCGAUCUUUAUCAAAUUGCCAAAUUUCAAUACUAUUUCCCUCCACUUCUUGUUUUACUCUCAAAGGAUGUUGUGUAUUUUAGGUAAAAUUUUUUCUGUGUGCGAUGAAAUUUAGGAAGCUUUUAUUGAAUUCCAAACUAAAUAAGCCCCACCUCAGAAUGCGACAGAAGGCCUGCCGUUUUCAUUUUAGCAUUGUGCGUCAAUAAGAGGGUCAAGAUGGUGAAUGUCCUGUUUCACCCUCAAAGUUCGUUGCUUCUCCGGCAUAUCUGAAUUUCCUCUUAAGCCCUGUUUCACGUUUGAAUUCAUCCUUUCUUGGGCUCAUGCAGAAUUGGAGGUACGCCUGUUCAUCAGAGGAGCCACGAAUCUGCUAACCUAUUUGGUGUUGGCUUUACAGUAUUUUUAGAAGUUUGCUCCAGUUUUGAAUCUUGAUGAGAAAUUUUAAAGUUAAACAAUUCUUCAGAUAGCAUGUCCAAUUUUUCAGCAGUCCAUUUCUGAGACAAGCCCUACAGGGCUCUAAACUCCUGUAACAGCCAAAUCUGUAAAAAUCUGUGAGCAGUUACUAAUGCUACCACCUGGCGGAGGAUCCUUGCAACUAACUGAUUUCGGACGUCAUAGGAAAUCCGUGAUACCUUGAAUAUCUGCCAUAAAUCGAUCUUGGCCACAUUAGGGAGCAUGCACAGCUGAACCAGUUGUGAAAGGGGUCGGAAAACAUAAAAAAUGUUAUUAUUUUUCUAUAAUUCAGCCGCUGUAUGGUUUAUUUUUCAACCAUUGGCUUAACUUAAGGAAAAGCAUUCAAUGGGUCGACGUUCAGGGAGAAGGAUCCUCUUGAGAUCAUGAGGAUCUCACGCAAGGUUGCGCAGCAAUCGGCUGUCACGACAGGAAAUUGUCCCACAGAACUCCCCCUGUCCAUUUACAAUCUUAUUUUAAUGAUUUUUAUCAAAUCUUGGAAGUGUAUUAAAGAAGUGAAUUUUUAAAACUUUUAUCUUUCAUAUGUUAAUUUUUAAACACUUAUAUGGGUAUAGUAUAGAUUUACUCGAUUUUUUCGUCAAGUGUCUUCCUGUCAAAUUUAUGACAAUAAAGUGGCCAAAAGAACAUGUAAAUUAUAAUUUUACUUUUUUAAAGUUAACUUUGAAUUUAAGAGGAUACCUAAUUUUUAAAACUACAUCUGAAGGAUAGCUUUGAAUUCCUCCCCUCUCUUAAAUUUCUCAAAUUCUGCAAGGUACUAAAAAUUUGGAGGCAGAGAAUCAUCAAAUCUUUGGAAACCCGACUUAAAAAAUCGUUCCAAGUCGUUUUUUGGAAUUCUUAAUCCAUGUUUCUUCUCUGAUUCAUGAAGAAUCAUUAUCACCGUGUUUAUUCAUCUUAUCAGAAAAAUCAGUUAAAAUCGUUAAGUUCUGAAGGAAUGAUUUGUGAGGGAUAUCAUACCUCUGUCUAUUAAUUUCAUGGUCAAUGUAACUACAUAUGUAUAUUUUUGCUACGCAAAGUGGAGUCAAGAGACUUAUUUAUCUGAGUCGUUCAUGUACUAACCUUGUGAUGAUGAUGUGAAAGAGAAUGUAAUCAUGAUACCGAGGCAAGACUGGAACCGUGGGAGCCCAGCGCACUACUUAUCAAAUCUUAAUAUGGUCCUAGCAUGGUUUUCACGAUCAACAUGGGUCAUUAAUGCAACUGUUGAGAGUUUCCUAUCAAAAUGGGACGUAGUUCUGUCAAACGAAACUAUACACAUUAUGACGUGAGCCCUGUCAAGCAUAUGUCCUUAUGGGUCUCAGGGCUCAUGUCUUAAUGCACAUAGUUCCGUUUGGCAGAAGUAUGUUCAAUUAAAUGUUGCCUCUACGUUUUCAUCAACAUAAUUCUUGAGUAGAGUAUCAAGAAACAUUAAUUCAACACUCAGUUUGCAAUUUAUGUCAAUCAAAAAGUAGUGGUACCUCGUAAUUUUGAAUAGCAACACUCAACAGUCGCAUCAAUGACCCAUUUUGAUCGUGAAAAUCAAACUGAAAUUUAUCAACAAAAAAAUUGAAAGACUUGGAAAAAUGAACAAUUUUGUAUGAUAAACCGUCAUUUCAGCCUUGUCAAUCUGUAUGUGUAGUGACUUUAUAUUUCAAGAAGGUUACGGAAUAUUUUUAAAUGCCAAGUAUGAUAUUGCGCUUUAAUAAUGUAGCCAUAAGUGCCUUUUAAAGUAUUUUUAUUCCAGUUCUGUUGGGUUUAUUAAAUCUUCGGCAACAAUGAUCUUGUAUUAAGUAUGUUAAAUGAAGGAAACUCUAGGUCUUUUUUUAAUUCACAGUCAACUUCUAAGAACAGUAUUGCUCUUUUGGAGGACAGCAAUCCACAUUUAAUGUAUCAAGAGUAAUUUUCUUUCUCACCAUUGACAGGUUUACCAAAUCGGCAUGAGUACCUCUUUCUAAAAGUAACAUAAGUUUCCCAAGCGAGUGUCUGACUCUCAGUCUGUUGAAAGAAAAAUGCACAGUGAAGCCAUAAUGCUGGUAUUCUCUUUGAAAACAGUUUUAGAUAUCAGGCAUUAUUUGAGUUUUACCUAGCUGUUCCAAUCCAGUAUUAAGGUGAUUUGUUCCAGUUUCUGGCGUACGAUUUAUCGCAUCGAUUAAGUAUGAAAUCUCAAAAUUGUCUCCGGCACAGUAAAUAUUCUUGGAUCCAUGUCAAUUUUGCGCUAAUUAUUUUGCAGUCUUGGAUGUUGGGUACGUUUUAAGUCUGAAUUAUGAUCAUUGUGUGUAAAACUAAUUUCUUGAUAAACUGUCGUCACUUUCAGACAACUUCCAUUGUGCCUUUCAAUUGCCUUCUGUUGCAUCUUCUAACUGUUUUGAUCAUUUAAUCAUGUUUUUCCUGUGUAGUCAUGGUUCUCUCAAGGUGCUUUAUUAUCAGAAAGUACAAAUUUGUUCAAUAUAUAAGGUUCUCUCACUAUUUGGUUGUUACACCUUUGCACGUUUUUAAGUAUCAGAGUCAAGGAUUCAGGGUAUUGCUUUAAUCCGACUCUUCACUUGUUUUCCAGGAAUUAGUUCAGAAAGUAAAUCCUCAAUUAUAAGGAGGGAGGGAGGUGUUUUUAAACUGUUUCCUGCUUUGUCAUCAAUGAAAGACUGAUGUUGCUAAUUUAAAUUUUCAUCAAUGGCUGAGGGUUUACCAAUUUAUUUCCUCAAGUUCCUUGCAAAAAAUAACACAGAGCUGUACCUUGUUGAUCCACUAACUCCCCCCCCCCUUUUUUUUUUUUUUUCAAUAAAUUAAGAUUCAUCCAUGAUGAACUCAGAUUCAGAUAGCAUAGUUUUUUGUUGCUGUCGUCUACAUACUCUUACAAAACUAACAAAGCUGUUCCUAAUCUUGGAAAGACAGUUAAGAAGAGUAUUGAAGCUUAUGCCAGUUACAAUGGCGUGAACAUUCACCGACUUCAGACAAGUUAGACACUUUUGCUUUUUGGUGUUAAUAGUAUUAUGUACGGAGAAUACUCUGAGCUCAGUUUUAUUAAGAGAGAAUUGUAAAUUUUUUCAGAAAUUUCGCCCAUUUCUUACUCUUUUGACACUAUUUAAAUACAUCAUUGUUCAAGCCCCCCUUUUCCCUUAUGUAUGAAUAUCUUGUCUUAGUGGAUGAUAGCUGUGAUUUACCUGAACAAAAAUUGUGAACAGUGUAAAGUAUUCCUCAACUAUUUUCAUUUCACCAAAGAUUGAAUGAAGUGCUAUGGAUGAAUCUUGAGAGCCAGAAAUUUUAUCCCUCUUCCUUAGCAACAUAACUCAGGCAAAGAGGAUGAAAGGUACGUAUCAGCUGAAAUAAAUACCCAAGCUGAGUGCUCUCUCUUGAAAGCAAACCAAUGGUCAUCUUGCUAUUUGAAGGUCUAGUUAACUCAAAAAAUCUGCCUAGAGUUUUGAGGAUUAAUAAAUCCCAAAAUCUCUUGCAAACAGGUGUUUGUCCUCAGUUAUCUAUCAUGCAGGUAAUCUCUAGCAUCUGCAGGGUCAGCUGGUUUAAUGAGAGAAACAGGCCCUUCUUUUUAGGGGUAUAUUUGCGUCUACCUUCAUCUAUACCUUGAAUGGUAACAGUGAUUUAUUUAUAGAAAAUGUCUGCUAUGGGUGUUUUCUUUGACAGUUUUUUAAAUCAUGUACAUAUUUUGUUUUCAAGCUAAUUUUUUUCUUUUUUGGAAUUAAUGGAAUCAUUGAACUUGUAAUAAUGUUACUGAGUUAUGCUAUGCUGUGUCUAACUCACUUUAUUUUCGAAAUAAAAUAUUUUACAGUA